AUGAGCGAACCAACAAACCUCUAUGGUGGCGACGUGAUGACCACCGACUUCAACGCCCAGUUCGACAAGGCCGACAUGGCGUGGGUGGGGACGCUGGCGGCGCUCGUGUGGAUCAUGAUCCCCGGGAUCGGCCUCUUGUACCUGGGCCUCUCCAGAAAGAAGCACGCCCUCCUGCUCCAGUGGGCGGGGAUCAUGGCCGCGUGUGUCGCCGGCUUCCACUGGUUCUGGUGGGGGUACUCCCUCGUGUUCACCCACACGCUGACGCUGCCGUUCUUGGGCAACUUGCAAAACUUUGCCCUCAAACAGUGCUACGGCGCCCCCUCGGUGGUGCUGACGGUGCCCGACAUGCUCUACUGCUUGUACCAAGGGAUGUUUGCCGCCAUCACCGCCAUCUUGAUGGUAGGCGCCGGGUGCGAGCGGGCUCGCUUAGGCCCGAUGAUGGUGUUCUUGUUCUGUUGGUUGACGGUGGUGUACUGCCCCAUCGCCUACUGGGUGUGGGGGGCCAACGGGUGGCUCGCCAAGUUGGGUCUGCUUGACUUUGCCGGCGGCGGCCCCGUCCACGAAAACUCGGGUUUUGCUGCUCUCGCCUACUCGUUGUGGUUGGGUAAGCGCAAGGACCCGUUGAUCACCACGGGUAAGGUGCCCAAGUACAAGCCCCACCUGACGUUCUACGUGGUGUUGGGGACGAUCUUCUUGUGGUUCGGCUGGUUCGGCUUCAACGGUGGCUCCACGGGCAACGCCACCGUGCGCUCGUGGUACGCCAUGGUCAACACCAACGUCGCCGCCGCCACCGGCGGCCUCACCUGGAUGGGCAUCGACUACUUCCGCACCGGCGGCAAGUGGCUGACGAUCGGCUUGUGCCUCGGCGCCAUCGCCGGCCUCGUCGGCAUCACCCCCGCCGCCGGCUACGUCCCCAUUUACACUGCGGUCGCCUUUGGCGUCGUCCCCGCCGCCAUCUGCAACUUCGCCGUCGACAUCAAGAACCUUCUCCAGAUCGACGACGGUAUGGACGUGUUCUCCCUCCACGGCAUCGGUGGUUUUGUUGGCAACUUCAUGACCGGGUUGUUCGCUGCCGACUACGUCGCUGCCGGUGACGGUUCCGUCGCCAAGGACGCCCUGGCCCGCAUUGCUGGCGGGUGGAUGAACCACCACUGGAAGCAGUUGGGGUACCAGUUGGCGGCACUGUGCUCUGUGGCGGCGUGGCUGUUUGUAGUGACGCUGAUCUUGUUGUUGGCGAUGGACCGGAUCCCGUUCUUGCGGAUCAGAUUGCACGAGGACGAAGAGUUGAUCGGCACCGACUUCACUCAGAUCGGCGAGUUCACUUAUUACGAUGAGGAAACGGGCGAGAUGAAGAAGUUCAACGACCUGGACACCGAGGCCUACGUCAUCGAGCCGUUGCGGCUGACGCAGGCCCGCGUGGCUAAGCUCCAGGCGACGGCGCUGCGCCGUGAUAACGAUAUUCCCGAAGUCAGCGAGGUGACUUCCGAGGCCGGCUCCUCCGAAAAGCAGUAA